CUAUGUUGCGAGUCAUCAAGUCAAAAUAACAGUAGUAGUGGUGUGAGUACGGUUCUCGCAACCAAUAUUGUCAUAUUUAACAUACUUCGUCAUGCCGUAUGCUAACCAGCCGACGGUGAAAAUUACAGAACUGACAGACGAGAAUGUUAAGUUCGUCAUCGAGAAUACCGAUUUGGCGGUUGCAAAUUCCAUCCGACGAGUCUUUAUGUCUGAGGUUGCCACAAUAGCUAUUGACUGGAUCCAAAUUGAUGCCAAUUCAUCUGUUCUUCAUGAUGAGUUCAUUGCCCACAGAGUUGGCCUCAUACCUCUCACCAGUGAUGACAUUGUUGACAAAAUGCAAUACUCUAGGGACUGUACCUGUGAUGAUUUUUGUCCUGAGUGCUCUGUGGAGCUCACCCUGGACGUUCGAUGCACAGAAGACCAGACACGUCAUGUAACCUCACGUGAUCUCUUGUCCAACAACCCCAGAGUCAUCCCAGUGACCUCCAGGAGUCGAGACAAUGAUCCCAAUGACUAUGUUGAACAGGAUGACAUUUUGUUGGUGAAGCUUCGUAAGGGUCAGGAACUGCGGCUCAGAGCCUAUGCAAAGAAGGGCUUCGGCAAGGAGCAUGCCAAGUGGAACCCCACUGCAGGGGUGUCCUUUGAAUAUGAUCCAGACAACGCACUGAGGCACACAGUGUACCCACGACCCGAAGAGUGGCCAAAGAGUGAAUACUCAGAGAUUGAGGAGGAUGAAGUACAAGCCCCCUACGACCCCAAUGGAAAGCCAGAAAGGUUCUACUACAACGUGGAGUCCUGUGGUUCUCUGCGACCUGAGACCAUUGUCAUGUCGGCACUGGCUGUGCUUAAGAAGAAGCUCAGCGACCUGCAGACACAGCUAAGCCAUGAGAUUCAGACUGACGUUCUCACCAUUAACUGAGGCCUCUUUUUGCAGCCAGGGUCUAUGAUCACCAAGCUUUUUAUAAGGGGAGUGCUCUUUGAGAAACUCAGGUCGGAUUGCUGGCAUCAUCGCUACACUCUUCAUAUUUGAACAUCUUCCAUGAAUACUGGGCCCUCAUCUGUAUGUAUCAGUAUCUGGCUCCUCAGUAGGAGUGCCGAUAAAUGAACUGCGUUCUGUGGGGUGUUUCAAAAUGCAUGAUUGUUCCUUUUGCCCAAUAACUGUAGAAAUCAUUAUAAUGUCUUUUUGAGUAAAUAAUAAUUACAGUAAUGAUAAUUACAUGAAAAAAAUCCCCUUCUAUGUUUAAUUUCAAAAGUUAUUAAAGUUUCUAAAAUUUCCAAGAAUUGUAUGUUUUUAAGUUUUCUGGCCGACUUGGUAAACCUGCUUCUUGAAAUUCCUCCAGGUAGCCAUUAUCAUCUUACUUAUUGUUAUCUCAAAGGGAAAAAUUGCUCAAAACAUGUCUAAUGUGUGUCAAUCCAUGUACAGUUAGGUGUGGCACACACACUUCAGGUCUUGGCCCUUGUGCUAUUUGCUGAUACGUACCAUCGGAUCUUUUUUCUUUUUUAGUCUUCAGUUUUGUGUCAAAAUGUAAUUAGUUUCACUUUGUUGUUAGUGAAAUACUUUGGUUUUUGAAAGAAUCUUUGCUUUUUCAAUAAAAUAGCUUUGA